AUGAGCGCAUGUCCCGAUGCAGAGCAAAUUUUCACAAGCUUCCCUCAGCUUAAAAAUAUUUUGUCGAAAGUGUCGUCAAGGUGUAACUCUGAUUCACCGAAAGAUUAUGUCAACAUUUCAAAAAAUAGGUCUGGCAAACGAUCGAAGGUCAGGAGGCCCAUGAACUCUUUUAUGAUCUUUAAGAAUAUGUAUCGCAAAGAAUUGAUUAGAGAUAGUUUGUACGAGGAUAUAUGCAAGAAAUUUAAAAUUGAGAGAAAUCGAAAGGCGCAUUUGAUCCCCAAGAUAGCAGCAAAACUUUGGGGGGACCUAAAGAAACGUGGACGUGGACGUGGACAGGCACCUUUUAUCGAAUUUGCCCGAAAGGUGAAGAAUGAACACGAAAAGGCGUUCCCAGGUUAUAAGUAUAAACCGAAACGAAAGAACAAGGAAUACGGAUUCCGUCAGUUCAUCCCCGAAGAAAAGUUAACCAAACAUAAACGUGACGAAGCAGAUCAGACUUCCGACGCUGGUGAGGCCGAAGAUGAAGAACACGAGGAUAAUCAGGAAUCCGAAGUUUAUCAAACGUCUUGA